AUGGCGAUUGAAAUUGUUUCCUCCAGACCCUUGGAUCCGAGAGCUUCUCCUUACAAUACAAUUUAUCCUCGGGAUUUCUACAUCUACCAUAUUCCUCGACCACUUCCUUAUUAUCGGAUUUUGCCUCAAGUUCUACCACGUCCACCAUAUUUCUGGUCGUACAAUGCUCAUCAACAGCCGUUUCCCGCCAAGUCGUUACCACUACCACUUCCUCCACCACCUUCUCCUGGAAAAAAGAGCAAUUUCUCUCUGGCUUCGGUUCCUUCGGGGCCCAGAAACCCCAAAUCCCGGCUAUCUGGACGCCACCGGAGAGUUAACAAGGCGGUUCACUUCGGAAGCAAUGGUUGCGGCGGAACUGAAAUGACGACGCAGUGGAAGCCGGUGGAGAAAAAAACAACUCUGGAGAAAGUUGGGCGUGGAGGAAAAAGGCGUUGGAAAAACAGAAGUGGAGAGUAUCAAGAGAUUUUGCCACUUGAUACUGAAACUUCAUCUGUCAUGAUCAAAAACAUUCCGAAUAAAUACACGAGAAAGCUGCUGAUACAAACUUUAGACGAUCACUGCAAGCUUGUGAAUCAAAAGAUCAACAAUGACUCCAUUGAUGAGAAGAACCCGAUUUCUGCUUAUGAUUUUCUGUAUCUUCCGAUAGAUUUCAACAAUCGAGUGAACGCUGGAUUCGCGUUUGUGAACUUCACAACUCCAGAAGGUGCUUCGAGAUUUAGGGACACCCUUUCAUGGCAAACAUUGGGACUUCUUUGA